AUGGCAGACCACCAAUACCAAACUAGAAGCAAAGGCUCUUCUUUUGGAGCACCGGGAUCAAACUAUUUAUCAGACGACUCGGUAGCUACCGAUAAUUCGGAUUACGAUGAUGGGUUCUUAGAUGGCGAUGAUGGCGAAUACGGACUCAGCAAGAGCGAUAAGCAGCGCAAGACAAAAAAGCCGGUAAAGAAGCCUGUCAAGGGAGCCAAAAAUACUAAGGUGUCCACCACCAACGAAACGUUAAAUAAGCUAGCCGCGAAAGAUCAGACUUUUCUGCAUGAUAUUCAGCGCGAUGCGCCUCCAGAUUUUGUACCCGAUGUUGUUUCAGGUUUAUUCAGAAGCUCGGAUUUUAGCUACUUGAAAUUAAAGCCAGAUCACGCAUCUAGGCCCCUUUGGAUAUCUCCUGCAGACGGAAGAGUUAUUCUAGAGAGUUUUUCGCCGCUGGCCGAACAAGCACAAGAUUUUUUGGUAACAAUUGCAGAACCGAUAAGUCGGCCGUCGCACAUACAUGAAUACAAAAUUACUGCCUACUCAUUAUAUGCUGCUGUAUCUGUCGGGCUGGAGACUGACGAUAUCAUUGCUGUUCUAGAUCGACUUUCAAAAGUUCCUGUGGCAGCUUCCAUCACGAACUUUAUCAAGAGUGCUACAGUGUCGUAUGGUAAGGUGAAGCUCGUUAUCAAACACAAUAGAUAUUUCGUCGAAACUUCUCAGGCUGAUAUCUUGCAGAUGCUACUUAAGGAUUCAGUAAUCGGUACACUGCGAAUAGACUCCGAUUCAGCACCAAGUGCGGCAGCGCCUGCGCAAUCCUCGAAGCCCGAUUCCGGGACAGUCAGUAGCGAUCCCAAAUAUGACCCGAAUGAUGUAGAAGCGAUUUUCUCUUCCGUGGUUGGAGAAUUGGACGACGACAACGAAGACAUUGAUGCUGUUCACGCUUUUGAAAUUGCGAAUGCGUCUGUUGAAAUUGUAAAGAAACGGUGCCAAGAAAUUGAUUAUCCAGUGUUGGAAGAAUACGAUUUUAGAAACGACCACAGAAAUCCUGACCUGGAUAUCGACUUAAAACCUUCCACUCAAAUCAGACCAUAUCAAGAAAAGUCUCUAAGCAAAAUGUUUGGUAAUGGUCGCGCCAGAAGUGGUAUCAUUGUCUUGCCUUGUGGUGCUGGUAAAACAUUAGUUGGGAUCACAGCAGCAUGCACAAUUAAAAAGUCCGUCAUUGUGCUAUGUACUUCAUCAGUAUCAGUGAUGCAGUGGAGGCAGCAAUUUCUUCAAUGGUGCACGCUGCAACCGGAAAAUGUGGCUGUUUUUACAUCUGAUAAUAAAGAAAUGUUUCAAACAGAAUCUGGUCUGGUUGUAUCAACUUACUCAAUGGUUGCCAAUACUAGAAAUAGAUCUCAUGACUCUCAGAAAGUAAUGGAUUUUUUAACAGGAAGAGAAUGGGGUUUUAUCAUUUUGGAUGAAGUUCAUGUGGUACCAGCUGCCAUGUUCAGAAGGGUUGUUACGACUAUUGCUGCCCAUGCCAAGCUAGGACUAACUGCCACUCUGGUUCGUGAGGAUGACAAAAUUAGUGAUUUGAAUUUUCUCAUCGGUCCGAAGUUGUACGAAGCCAAUUGGAUGGAGUUAUCGCAGAAGGGACACAUAGCAAAUGUUCAAUGUGCAGAGGUUUGGUGCCCAAUGACUGCUGAGUUUUAUCAGGAGUAUUUGAGAGAGAGCGCUAGGAAAAGAAUGCUGCUUUACAUCAUGAAUCCUACCAAAUUUCAAGCAUGUCAAUUUCUCAUACAAUAUCACGAAAAGAGAGGUGACAAAAUCAUUGUUUUUUCGGAUAAUGUCUACGCGUUGCAAGAAUACGCCUUAAAGCUGGGGAAACCAUUUAUUUAUGGUUCCACCCCUCAACAAGAGCGUAUGAACAUUCUACAAAAUUUCCAAUAUAACGAUCAAAUUAACACAAUAUUUUUAUCGAAGGUUGGUGACACUUCGAUCGAUUUACCAGAAGCAACAUGUUUGAUUCAGAUAUCUUCGCAUUAUGGUUCUCGUCGUCAAGAAGCUCAAAGAUUGGGAAGAAUUUUAAGAGCUAAAAGACGUAACGAUGAGGGGUUUAACGCAUUUUUUUAUUCCCUCGUCUCGAAAGACACUCAAGAGAUGUAUUACUCAACCAAGAGACAGGCAUUCUUGGUUGAUCAAGGGUAUGCUUUCAAAGUCAUUACUCAUUUGCACGGUAUGGAAACGCUCCCUAACUUGGCUUAUUCAACAGCUCGUGAGCGUCGUGAGUUACUUCAAGAGGUUCUUUUGAAAAACGAAGAAGCCGCGGGUAUCGAGAUUGGUGAUGAUGCUGACAACAGUAUUGGUCGUGGAUCUCAAGCAAACAAGAAGGCAAAAUCUAAAGCUGUUAGAGGUGAGGGUUCGUUGUCAGGAUUGGCAGGUGGUGAAGAUAUGGCAUAUCUCGAGUAUUCCUCCAACAAAAAUAAGGAUCUGCGGGAUCAUCAUCCUUUGAUCAGGAAAAUGUAUUAUAGAAACCUGAAGAAAUAG